CGCGGCAGCGUAUUGACGCCAAAUACAUAUGUGUAUGCCGAACCCUACCGCGUGUAUGCAUUUUUUUUACCGGAGUCGAAGACCGAUCUAACCUAAGAUGAAACUUACUUCGCUAAUAUCUCAGCAGUAUUUGCUAAUUUUAAAGAAAAAUACUGGACUACUGCGAAUAAAUUUUCUUAUCUUAUCAAUUUAGAUGAUCUCAUGCGCAAUUUGCAUCUGACGAAGUAUCAGGCACAGUUUAUGAGAUCUCGGCUUCAGGAAUGGAAUUGGCUGCACAAAUCAACGAACGUGACGUAUUAUAGGAAACGAAAUCAAGUACAGGAAUAAUUCUUCAGAAUAUAAAUUAAGUGAUCUCGAAAAAGCAGUAUGGACUUCCAUUAAGCAAACAACAAAACGUUCUCUUAGCAAACAGAAAUCAGAAAAUACAUUGCCAUUAUGAAUGAAUUAUUACAAAACUGUGAAAGACUUGGGUGUAAUAGACGCGGGUCGAUGUACGCCCGACUUUCAACCGCGGAUUGGCGACGGUGAAGGUCCUAUCGUUUUGUCCAACACUGUAAAUAAAUAGACUCGUCACGAUCGCCGAGUGCUGCACGUUCUUUUGCUAAGAAUAAACGUCUUAUCGCGCUUACGCUUGCCUCAACGCUGGAAAAACCAAUAUCAAUUAUCAGAGAAGAUUAUAAAACGUUGGGGUAGCAUACGAGACAAGUAUAGUCCUCGCAUAGACGCCGACGGUGCACGAUGUUUCAUCUUGUUUCUUUGGUUGUGACUUUGUGUCUGACAGUGACAAUCUUGGUAUUCAUGUUGGUAUGCAGUAUUGGGGAGAAUAAAGUAAAAUGAAACGCUUAACUUUAUAACAGAAUAAUAAAAAUUAGAAGGCAAAAGUCCUAAAGGUCCUCAUAGUAGCCCUAAGCAAACCUUUGACUACAAGAAAGAGAAACAGUUUAUUAAUGAAAGUAUAUGGCUACAAAGGAAAAUAAGAUUUUCUGCAAAUAUUGAAGUAUUGUUGUAUUUAGUUAACAAGUACUUUAUUUAUAAUAUAGAACAGAAAUAAAUCGAGAUCACGUUGAUCAUGUACUAUAAGACCCAGUGUAUACAUCCGUUAUUCGAACGCGUGAUACCGGAAUUAAGGUUUGAGACUGCAAUUUAAAAGUAGCAAUGCACGCACACCUUCGGUAACGCAACGGCACCUUACGUUCUUCUUGCACGCAUUUUGAACUGCAAUUGGAGAUAAAAUCUCACUGAACUCAAAGCACUGUGGUGAAAGAAGUGUGAGGCUGCAUUGUGUAAAUUUAACCGUACGGAUUUCAUGUAGAUUUAACCGCGUAGCUCACAAAUUGUAUCUAGUUAGACUUUAUUAAUGAUCACUUGCAUUUCAAUGUUAUAGCGGAUUGUGAUGUCUCUAUCGCAUACAAUUACUAUGGAGACCUGAAAGAUCCACAGCCAUUGAUCCUAGCGGAGAAUGGCGAUGGUUUUUUCUACCCGAAUAGGGGACGGAUGUUGAUGCUCCAAUCAGGACAGUCUGUUCUCAUAGCGUGCCCUGGCGACAAAAAUAAAAUUGUCGGCACUAAUGUCAAAGAAGCGAUAGCUACCUGUCAAAAUGGUAAAAAUUUUGACGUCAAUGGUGUGACUCGACAAUUCUCAACAAUAACUUGCGAAAGCAAUCCUCAAAUUAGCACCAGGAUCCUGACACAAAAAUGUCUCGGAGACAAGAUCUCCAUUGCCGUUGGAUACCAGUUGACUAACAAGUUCUUGACAACGUACGAAGUCUGCAGGAACGACAACACUUACGAGACUUACUAUUCGAAAUUCAAAUUGACUAAAGCUAACCAAGGUCAAUCUCGCUAUCCCAGACCAACAUGGCGAGCAGAGAACCACUUCAAUGGAAUGGAUGUGGAUCGACUCUACUACUGGGAGACCCAGCGCACAGUAAUCCAAAAUCUUCUGGGCCCUAAUGCGCCAGCAGCUAAACGCGUGAACAAGCAACUGUUCCUCUCACGAGGACACCUGACUGCCAAAGCUGACUUUGUCUACGGCAGUCAGCAGAACUGUACCUUUCAAUACCUAAACGCAGCUCCACAAUGGAGCACCUUCAAUUCGAAAAAUUGGGAAGUCCUGGAAUCAUCCGUCAGGAACUUCACGCAGGCUAAGUCUUUGGACCUGGAAGUCUACACUGGUGUCCACGGAGCAAUGAUGAUGGCUGAUAUCCACGGCAAUCAGCGAGUGAUAACGAUAACAUACCGACACUCGAAGCCGUUGUUAGUGCCGAAAUUCUUUUGGAAGAUCAUCUAUCAUCGGCCCAGCAGGAAAGGCACAGCCUUCGUGGGCCUGAACGAUCCCUUCAUCACAAACGCCACGCCGGAUUUAUAUCUGUGCACUAACAGGAUCGACCCGCACAUAACGUGGCUUUCAUGGUCGUCAAACUACACCCAGGGUCUUUCGUAUGCAUGCACCGUUGAUGAUCUCAGAUUGAAAAUUCCUACAAUCCCUCCGCUAAAAGUGGUGGAUAUAUUAAUAUAACUGAAUAGUUGAGAUAGAUUGGGCCAAUAGGACCUCUUGAAAUACAGUAUUCUCUCCGUAAGAGGGACAGAUGUUCAGCAAAUAUUAAAAGGCUUGUGCAAGAUCGGCCUUACAAAUUCAAAAAUCAAAAUUUCUUAUUUUC